CCCAGAUCCAGUCCUCUCAAUCCAAUAGAAAUGGCGCAUCAGGCGCACAAUAUCCCCUGGGGUCUCCUCGCCUCAAAUCUCGAAUGGAAAUCCCCCACGCCAUGGAACAACUUCGCCACGAACCUCUACCCGCGCAUGAAGCCCAACCAAGCCAAAGACCUCACCCACUUCGUCAACGCGUUCGUCCAAAACCUCGCCGAGCACGCCGCCUGCGAGCGAAAGAAGUAUCCAGCGCACUACGAACCGCCUCAGCCAUCGGACGUGAUCCUCUCCGAUGCGACCGUUCGCAAGAUCUUGCCCACCGUGCGGCGCUGGCGCAACGAGGACUUCCCACUCAGCUGUCGCCAUGAAAUGUGCGAAUGCGACCCGAUCCCCUACGAAGAACGCCUGAUGUCGGCGUUUCUUCGUCCACCCCAUAGCCGUAGCGAGCACUGGGAGUAUCCCCACAUGAACGACGCCGCGUUCUUCAACUUUCAGAUCCUGCAGACCCUGUUGCUCUAUGGUGAGAUGGAUCCCAUCUUGCGGGUCUGCGCCCAUCCCGAUUCUCAUGACCUGUUGAAGUUCUGGUACGUGGGUGACUUUUGGGAAGGUCCCGGUGAUCUCGGAUGGGACAAGAUAUGCCAACACAUGACCAAGGUCUACAUCUGCCUGAACAUCGCCUACUGCUUCCCGGAGACCUGGGACUUUGCAUCCGGCAGGACGGAGGAAAAUGACUACCGCAACGCCAAAUUCUACCAGAAGACGCUCAUCACGGCGGCGGGCGUAACCCCCUGGGAUGUGAGGACAUACCCGCACACGCAGUUCUUCGGCAUGGAAGAAUCCUGCGGUAGACUCGACUUGCGGACCAACACGGGAAAGAGCGAGCAUUGGCUUCUCGACGAAGGAUACAACGCAAUGAUGAGAAAUAAGGGGAAGAGACAAUGCGCACGUGCGUCCUUGUGGGAUUUCAAAUACAAGGCCGAGAAUAAUCCCGUGGGGUUUUAUGGACGGGUGCCCAUCCACGAGUUCCUGGCGCUGUGGAUGCCGGAGGGCUGGGGGUAUGCGCCGUCAGGGGACGAGGUAGAUGAGGUUCGCGCGGUGUUGUGCCAGCGGGGACUUCCCGUGGAGCUGGCGCUGGAUGUGAUGGAUUUCGCGGGCUACAGGCCACCGAGGGGCAGGCUGGGUGUUCCGCAUGAUCCGAUGCAUCCGGGAAAUCGAGAAGCUUUGGGUCAGUAUCUGAAGUACUGCUGGCAGACUAUGGUGAGGUGCUAUACCCUGGCGACGGAGAUGGGGAUGGACCCCGUGGGUUCGAUGAAUGCGGGUGAGGGCAUGAAUUGGAAAAACUUCGUCGCGGAUGCCAUUGUCGACCUGUUUGGGCAUCAUAAAGAUGGACGCAAGCACCAUUGGACUGAGGUGGAGUUCGUGGAAAAGCUCCCCCGAGUCUGGUAUAAGAAGGAGUCGGUGUCGGAUGAUGACGCCCCAGACGGUUGGCGAGGACCGUUUACUACUUUUGUGUGAUGCUGUGAUGCUGCGAUGAUCAAGCGAUAGCUUUAACG